UCUCGAUAGCAAAACAAUAAAAAUUUCGAACGAUUGACGAUGACGAACGUUUAAUGAGCAAUAUUUAAACAAAUUAAAUAAAUCAUUAACGAAUUAAAAUUGUGCGCGUGUCGUGUCGCAUGUAUACGUGUGCAAUCAUAUCCAAUAAAGUGCAUUUAAGCCAGCUAAGCGACAUAAACGGGUGCGUCUCCUGCAAUCAGACGGCGACAGCGACGACGACAACGACGUCACGCUGAGUCCGGAGGCGGCCAACAAGAGCAGACGACAGUUGACAGAGGCGUUAAGAUGACCGCCUCGGACAAGUAUACGUAUCAGCGCACCGUGCUCUGCUUAGCCCGCGUGCUGGCUGGCAUACAGCCCACGCCAUGGGACAAGGUGCAAACGCUAUUUCGCUACUGCCCGCAGGAGAAUGCAUCGGGUGUCUUUUGCUUGGAUUCACGUGCCCAGGAUGCGGUUGUUGCCUUGGGCAUUUACUUUCUGGAAGGCGGCUGCCAGCAUGAAUCCCAAAUUGUGCCCUACCUGCUGCGAUUGGCCAAGAGUCUGCCCAAGGCCAGAAUACAUGAUGAGCGCAGUACCAAAGUCGAACGCGUGCGCAUACCGGCAGCGGAAAAGUUUAGCUUCUGUUUGAACACACUGCUCUCGGAUAUUGCAGCCAAAUGUCCAGAUUCACGGGAGGAGAUCAUACUGAAUCAGGUGGAAACGUUGGGCACGCUGGCGAACAUUGUGAAGCCCAGCAAGGAUAGCAAUUCAGUGCCAUCGCCUCAUGUGCUGUGCAAUGCGACGGUGCCGUUGCUCUUUGGACUGGCACGUUCCAUGGGACGAUAUGCCAGCAAUGAUCCGCCGCUGCUCUGUCGCAUCUUUCCGCCCGAACAGUUGCCCAUUAUGCGUUCCAGUGCUGGCGGCGGCAGCGGCAGCACCAACUGCCAUGGCUCCUUUAGCAGCAGCGAACGUCUGGCGACAACACAAUUUCGUCCCAUUAUACCACGCUCCAUGUCGGGCAGUUUGGCGCACAGUCAGACGCCGGCUGAUCAGGAGCAUCGAAUGCGUUCGCUGGGCAGCAAACAGAAGCCAUCAUUGCAAAGCUAUUUCUCAGUGCCGUAUGAUCCACGUACGCAUUUCUUCACCCGUUAUGGUUCCAGCUUUAAUCAAUUCCCUCACAUGCGUGUCAACAUUUGUGAGUCGCCGAGUAAAACUGGCAUCCGACCAUUGUAUCGUGUCCCGCCGUUCCCUAUUCAGCAUUUACAGACCAUCUUUGCCGUCUCCAAGAAGCUACUGACCAAAGAUACCCUCGAGUAUUUGGAUGAGCUGGGCAGUGAUAUCUUUUCAUUGCAUCUCAAUAAUGGCAAUUGCUAUAAAAGCUUUUCGGAGAUGCUGAAUUUGGUGUUGGUGACAUUGUUGCGAGAAUUGCUGCAACAUCAAGUGGAUCUGCCCACACCCUUCACCAAGGAUGUCCAGGAGUUUGUCAAGCGUCUCUUUCUCAAUGGCCAAACGGAACUGCAGAACAAACAGCAGGAUCAGGAGCGGGAACGACGCGAAGAGAACGGCAUUGCUGUCGUUAAUAAAUACAAAAUCAAUGUCAUGGCCAAUGCCGCCUGUGUGGAUCUCCUCGUUUGGGCCAUACGUGAUGAAACAGAGGCUGACAAACUAUGCGGACGCCUCUCGCAGAAGCUGAAUCUGGUGCUAAGUCAUAAGAUCGUCAUGGAUCAUAUGCCCCUUUUGAUGGUCUGCCUGGAGGGAUUGGGAAAAUUGGCCCAAAAGUUUCCAAAUAUUGCCGGCACAUCGAUAUCGUAUCUACGUGACUUUCUAGUCGAUCCAAGUCCCAUUCUCGGGAAGCUUCAUGCCCAUGCAAUGCAAACGAUGGCGCUGCAGAAAAAGGAAAAGGAACUGACGCCUUUCAAGAUUGUCGUCCAACAUUCCGAUUCACGUGCCGUCGUCGACAUCUUCGGGGAUACACAGAAACAGGCUGGCAGCACUGGACGCAGUGGUUAUGCCGCCUUUGAGGCGCUACGAGAUGCGGCAAUUGAGAAUCUAUCGAUUGCUCUACGUGCCGCCCACACAUUAGAUCAAUUCUGUGUUCCUGCUUUGGUUGCCAACGUUUCCAAUCGUCUGUUUACGGCGGAGAAGCACGAGAGCGAAUCGACACUGGUCAGCUUGAAUAUCAUUGUGAUGCUGGGUCAUGUGGCUGUCGCCUUGAAGGACACCUCGAAGACGACACAGAAUAUUCUGCAAUUCUUUAUCCAACGCUUUUGUAAGGUGCCCUCAGAGCAGAAUGCAUUGAUUGUGGAUCAGUUGGGCUGCAUGAUCAUCUCGCAGUGUGAGACGCAUAUCUUUGAUGAGAUCAUGAAGAUGUUCUCUCGCGUAACCGUACAAUCGGCAUCUCUGGCAUAUACCUCAGAUCCAGAGCAUCGCAAACAGUUCCAUCACGUGUCGGAUGCGGUUGUGAAUGCAUUGGGAAAUAUUGCAGCGAAUAUUCAAGGAGAUUCCGAGAUGUUGGAGCUACUUGGCAAAUUGCUCGAAUUAUUUGUUCAAAUUGGAUUGGAUGGCGAGAGAUCGUAUGACAAUACGCCUGGGGCCCAAAAGGCCAGUUCACGUGCUGGAAAUCUGGGCAUGCUUAUACCCGUGAUCGCUGUCCUCAUGCGUCGUCUGCCUCCGAUUAAGAAUCCCCGCCAGCGUCUACACAAAUUGUUCAAGGACUUUUGGGCCUAUUGCGUUGUCAUGGGCUUCACAAAUGCCCGCUUAUGGCCAGCGGAUUGGUAUCAAGGUGUCCAACAAAUUGCCGCCAAGUCGCCGCUCCUCAUCUCCCAAACGGCCCACAAAUCGGAUAUGCGGGAACUUAACUAUACGCUGGCUAUUAAAAGCGAUUCAGUUAACGAACUUCGCAGUCAGAUCAUUAUGCUUCUUGAGCAUUCGACGGACAAUGUGGCGGCUUCUAUAAAUAAAUUAUCCUUUGCCCAGUGCACGUACCUGUUGAGCGUCUAUUGGCUGGAGAUGCUGCGCGUCGAGAAUGCCGAUGAGCCCAGUCUGGAGCCCAUCAUGAGCUAUCUCUGUGACACCGCAUUGCAGAAGGAUAAAACGGGCAUCUGGCAGUGCGUCAAGUGUGUGGCGGAUCAGGUGUUUGAGAAGUUCCGCAAUGUGUUGUACGCGCACGACGAGAUCCGAGAGAAGGUGUUGGAAUCACAGGCGACACUUUUGUUGGUCUACUUCAAUCACAUUCACAAACAGAUUCAGUUGGUGGCAGAUCAAUAUCUAUCACAGUUGGUGGAUCGUUUUCCCCAUUUACUGUGGAAUCGUCGUGUGCUGUGGUGCAUGUUGGACAUAUUGCAAUUGUUGGCUUACUCCUUAUCUCUGGAUCCGAAUGAGGAGACACCUACGUUGAGAGUUGUCUCCACACCAUAUACAUUGCAAUUGAUGGACUCUUUGCCGGCAAGGGAACUUCGCCUCAAGGAUUUCGCAGAUCGCUGUCAGGGGAUUGUCAAUGAGGCAAUGAAAUGGGCGCCACGCUCAACGCGUUCCCAUUUGCAGGAGUAUCCCAAUCAGAUACCGACACCAGUGUUGGCCCAUCACAGCGGCUUGGCGUUGGCCUUUGAUUCGGUGGUCAAUAGUGGCACCCUGCAGCCGGGCAAUACGCUAAGCAAUCUCAGCAAGCGUCCCAGUUGCGUCAACUCGGAUACUCCGCGAUUUGUCUCCGUGCUCUGUCUGCGCAGUAAAUAUGCGGGUGAAAUAAGCGGUCUGUUGUCCGUGCUGAGUGAACAGGAUAAAGCUGGACUCGCCGAUCGUUUGGUCAACGAUGUUUGGGGCGCUUGUGCGGAGAAAAGUGAUGCACGACAUCGUGGCGCCUUGUGGCGUGCCACAGCAUAUUUGAUAAUCUGUGCCGAGAUCGAUCGCAAGUUGCUGCAUGCGGUGGCAAGCUCACAACUGGAACUAUUCACGGAAUCCGCAAUGGAAACCGCUGUGGAAUGCUGGCAAUGGGUAUUGACAGCUCGACAGGAUUUGGAGCUUUGUUUCAUACAGGAAAUGGUGAGCGCCUGGCAAACGACAUUUGAGAAACGCAUGGGUCUAUUUGCCUGGGACAGGGAAAUCACACAUCCCUUGGCUGCCUACGAGGGCUGCAAACUGGUCAGUAAACCCAUAUUGAUUGCCCCGCAUCUCAUCUGGUUGCAGUUGCUGUCGGAAAUGGUUGACACGGCCAAAUAUUGUAAUCGCGAUAAGGUUGAAAUGUUUUGCUUGUUACUGCAUCGUUGUUUGCCCAUUCUCAAGAGCAGUCGACAGAAUCGUCAGGUGUCCACAGUCGGUUGUCGCUUCAAGCUCUUGCAGUGUGGUUUAUCCUUGCUGCAAGGCAACACCAUACCCAAAUCCUUGGCCAGAAAUAUACUACGCGAACGCAUCUAUUCAAAUGCCUUGGAUUAUUUUUGCGGUCCACCCACAUGUCCCAAUCAGAGUCGUGAACAAUUGCUCGAGGAUAUUUUAAUACUAUUAAAAUUCUGGCAAACGAUGCGCAGCGAGAAGAAGCAUCUGGUCACCUCGGAGGUGGGGGAUUAUGAUAUAACCAGCACAUCGGUGAGCUCCACACAAAUGCUGGCGGUUCGUAAUAAUCCAGAGACGGCAUCCCUAAUCAGCGGCGGUGCGGAUUACGGACGCUCCAUGAGCGCCACAGGCAACACCGGCGGCUGGUAUAACACCAUUCCCCACUCGACAUCGACGCUAUCGAAGCGCUCGAAUCGCUCCAAGCGUCUGCAAUACCAGAAGGACUCCUACGAUAAGGAUUACAUGAAGAAACGCAAUUUGAUUCUUGAGCUGCUCGCUGUGGAGCUGGAGUUUCUUAUCACCUGGUAUAAUCCCAACAGUCAGACCGAUCUGAUAGUGCCAGGCGAGGAACAGAUCACGGAGUGGCGCAAUCGUCCGUACAAACCGAACGUGUGGCGAGAUUACGCCCGUCUCGCCUGGUGUUAUAAUCCGGCGUUGGCCGUCUUCCUGCCACAGAGGAUUAAGAAUGCGGAGACAAUUGACGAGGAGGUGUCGCGUCUCGUGUGCUCCGAUCCAAUAGCCGUAUGCCACAUACCCGAGGCAUUGAAAUAUCUUUGCACCACAAAGAACUUACUGCAGGAGAGUCCCGAUUUGGUUUACAUUCUCUCGUGGUCGGCGGUGACGCCCAUUCAGGCGUUAUCCUACUUUUCACGCCAAUAUCCAUCGCAUCCAUUGACCGCACAGUAUGCGGUUAAGACAUUAAGUUCAUAUCCGGCGGAAUCAGUGCUGCCGUAUAUACCACAAUUGGUUCAGGCUCUCCGACACGAUACAAUGGGCUAUGUGGUGGAGUUCAUUAAGAAUAUAUCGAAGCGCUCACAGAUUGUGGCACAUCAAUUGAUCUGGAAUAUGCAGACAAACAUGUACAUGGACGAGGAUCAAUUGCAUCGUGAUCCCUAUAUCUAUGAGUCAUUGGAUCUACUCUCACAGAAUAUCAUUGCCUCCUUCUCCGGUGCCGCGAAACGUUUCUACGAGCGUGAAUUCGAUUUCUUUGGCAAAAUCACAGCGGUAUCGGGUGAGAUACGUUCCUUUCCCAAGGGCAUCGAACGAAAGAAUGCCUGCCUAGCUGCAUUGAGUCGCAUUAAAGUUCAAUCCGGCUGCUAUUUACCCUCCAAUCCCGAGGCCAUGGUCCUGGAUAUUGAGUAUAGCAGCGGUACACCCAUGCAGAGUGCGGCAAAGGCGCCGUAUUUGGCACGUUUCCGGGUCUAUCGUUGUGGCAUCACCGAGCUCGAAACACGCGCCAUGGAGGUGUCCAACAAUCCAAACUCACAGGAGGAUGCACACAUGACACUGGGCGUGGAAUCCUGGCAAGCGGCCAUCUUUAAAGUGGGCGACGAUGUGCGUCAGGAUAUGCUCGCCCUGCAAGUGAUUACCAUAUUUAAGAAUAUCUUCCAACAAGUUGGCCUCGAUCUGUUUCUGUUCCCAUAUCGUGUGGUUGCCACAGCACCAGGUUGUGGCGUCAUUGAGUGUGUGCCGAAUGCCAAGUCACGGGAUCAGUUGGGCAGACAGACAGAUUCGGGUCUAUCCGAGUACUUCCAGCAUCAGUAUGGCGAUGAAAGCUCCAAGGAAUUCCAGGCGGCACGCGCCAAUUUUGUCAAAUCGAUGGCUGCCUAUUCCCUCAUCGGUUAUCUGUUGCAAAUUAAGGAUCGACAUAAUGGCAACAUUAUGAUCGACAAGGAUGGACACAUUAUACACAUUGAUUUUGGCUUCAUGUUUGAAUCGUCACCCGGCGGCAACAUCGGCUUCGAGCCCGACAUGAAGCUCACGGACGAAAUGGUCAUGAUAAUGGGCGGCAAAAUGGAGGCGCCAGUCUUUAAAUGGUUCUGUGAACUUUGCGUACAGGCGUUUUUGGCAGUGCGACCUUAUCAGGAUGCCAUUGUAUCCCUGGUAUCGCUAAUGCUCGACACGGGUUUGCCCUGUUUUCGGGGACAGACAAUUAAUUUGCUGAAGCAACGUUUUGUGGCAACCAAGAACAACAAGGAAGCAGCUGCCCACAUGCUCGCUGUUAUACGCAACUCGUAUCAGAAUUUCCGAACACGUACCUACGACAUGAUCCAGUACUAUCAGAACCAGAUACCCUACUAAAUUGUGGGCCACAGAGGGUAUACAUACAUAGUACUGGGUUAUAUUUAAUUUUCCAUUUUGUUGUUGGUUGGGUAUUAAUUAUUAGCCAAAUGCUGUAUUUAUUAAUUGUAUUAUUGUGUAUUUAUGUAUGUAGUAUUUGGCAAUUCUUAUGCUUUAUUAAUUUCCUAAUGUUUUUUUUUAUUAUAUAAUUUAUUGUUUGUUUUUGAAAUUGGGUAGCUGUUAAAAACAUUUUCGAAGAUUUUACGAUGCAUACUAAAUCAAUUAUAGGCGCAAUAUGUUGUACAAUGUAUUUGUUACCUACAUAUAUACGUAUACACGAAACAUAAUACUUAACAUUACUUAUAUAUACGAUAUACAUAUAAUAAUAACGGGCAAAAGAAAAAUCCCCAAAAUAAUUCCAUAUUUAAAACAAGCGAGAAACCUACAUAACUAUUUAUCUAAUUGUAAACAUAACCACUGUGUAAUUAUCCAUACAUAUAUAUAUAUAUAUAUAUAUAUAUUUAUAUAUAUACACAUGUAUUUCUUUUUUUUCUUCUUGUUUCGAACAAAACAAUGUUAAAAUAUACAAGCUACUUUGCAAUGUUUGUUGGACAAAAAAA